ACAGCUAUAGCAGAGUUGCUACGCGAUCGCGCGUACACUGCAUAUACCGUUUUGUCUGGUUUGGUCUGGUGUGGCCAAUGGCCAGUUUCACUCGAUCGUCCUAUAGCUGCUGUGUGCCCAUUGUGUAGCUUGUUUUUGUCAUGUUUGCAAAUGUUCGCCUACCUUCCUUUUCCACCGAGUAGCUCAUCGAUAAAUUCAUCGUUAUAAUGUUUUCACCUGUGCGGGGGUGUAACUCGCAGAUGUGACAUGUGUUAUUGGGCGGAGCUGUUGGCUGCGACUACGAAGACGAGGAUAGCAAACACCAAGAGGACGAUGCUGCAUCAAUAGAGUGAGAGAUGUGGAGCGUGAUAAGGACGUGGAGGAUGAUUGCGUUUAUGGUCAGCGAGAGAUAACGAUUGUGAUUAGCAGCCGAUCUCGUUCUCGAAAAUGUUGAGGUUCUUGUCGAGGCGCCGGCGCAGCGUUAGCGCCCAAGCCACCUCACCGCAGAUCAAGAACCAGAGGCUCAUCAGCAAUAAAAAUAUCGUGCAGUGUCGUGUUAUUCUUCUCGACGGUGCUGAUCUCUCCAUCGAGCUGUCGAAAAAGGCAUUAGCCAGUGAUCUUUACGAGCAAGUAUUUUAUAGCUUGGAUCUAAUAGAGAAAGAUUACUUUGGACUGCAAUACACAGACAGUAAUAAUGUGCAGCACUGGUUGGAUCCAACAAAGCCAAUAAAGAAGCAAGUGAAAAUUGGACCACCCUACACGUUAAGGUUAAAAGUGAAAUUUUAUUCAUCGGAACCCAAUACACUCAGAGAGGAAUUGACUCGAUACCAGUUUUUCUUGCAACUCAAGCAGGAUCUCCUAGAGGGGAAGCUACAUUGCCCUUACCAAACCACAGUACAGCUUGCUGCAUUAACAUUGCAAUCUGAGCUUGGAGAUUAUGACACAACAGUGCACACAGCAGCGACGGUGUCAGAGUUUCGUUUCGUACCAAACCAAUCGGAGCAAAUGGAGCUGGAAAUCCUGGAAGAGUACAAAAGAUGCACGGGUAUGAGUCCCGCCCAAGCAGAAUCGACAUAUCUGGGCAAGGCUAAAUGGCUGGACAUGUACGGUGUGGACAUGCACACAGUGAUGGGCAAAGACGCCUGCGAGUACUCAUUGGGUCUGACGCCCACGGGCAUCUUAGUUUUCGAGGGCUCGCAGAAAAUUGGCCUGUUUUUCUGGCCGAAGAUUGGCCGGUUGGACUUCAAGAAGAAGAAGUUGACGCUGGUGGUAGUGGAAGAGGACGACGAGGGCCGCGAGCAGGAGCACACCUUCGUGUUCAGGCUACUGAACGAGAAGGCCUGUAAGCACCUAUGGAAGUGCGCGGUGGAGCACCACGCGUUUUUCAGGCUGCGCGCGCCAGUGAAGGGCGCGAGCGGUCGACAGAACUUGUUCCGUAUGGGCUCGCGCUUUCGCUACAGCGGCAAGACCGAGUUCCAGACGACCCAGCUCAACCGCGCCAGGCGCACCGUCCAGUUCGAGCGCAGGCCCAGUCAGCGCUACGCGCGCCGACAGAGCCACGUGCUGAGGGACAGGCAGCGUCAGGUACUGGACCAGACGCCUCAGGUCUCCUCCGCCGAGGAGGAACCUCUGGAAAGGCAGACGAGCCGAGCCAGCAGCACCAAAUCGUCGUCGGACGUGAGCAGCGUACAAGGCGCGUCCUCGCCGCUAGUGGAUUCGCUGCUCAAGUCCCUGGCAAAGGAGCAGCAGCCGACGGAGGCGAGAAACGACGCGAACGCCGCAGCAGCCACCAGCCAGGAGAAGACCGAGAUCACGAAGACGAGCCUCGCUAUCGAGGCGCCCUCGCCGCUGCCCAUACCUAACAACCAGAUGAUCGCCGCCACGGCCUUGCCUCCUCGCACGCCCAUUCCGCCCGAGGUUCUCAAGUGCAAUAUCUUGAAGGCCAAAGCCCUCGAGCAACAGGGUAAGAACUCCAAUUUGGUCUCGAUCUCGACUGUCGAGACACCAAGCGAUAAAACGCUGCGACCUGGCACUGCCGUCAUCGCUGCCGCUUCGAGUGUUAAUGCCGCUGACGCAGCUACCAUCGUAUCUGUGGGUGGCGACAAGCUGACCCUCUCGGUGAGCGGUGCCUCGACGAGUCCCUCGCCGGUCGACGACGCGGUCACCGUCACGCACUUCUCCCUCGACAGCUGGGGCAAGAUUCAGCAGAAGACCACGCCUCUCAGUCCCAAAGUGGCCAAUCAAUCCAAGAACCCUUUCAACCCAUUUAUGAGCAAUACCAGCCCAGACGAUUCGAUCGCCAGCAUCGCCGAAGAAGCUGCGGCUCCGGAUGCUCCGGAGGAGCCCACACCAGUUGUUGUGCCGGCCGAGGAGAAGAAAGUCAACACCAACCCAUUCGUCGACUCGAACCCUUUCUACGGGAUGCUCAAUCCCUUCGCUUCCGACAUGACUUCAGCUCCAGUUCUGGUGACAGCGACUGCGACUGCAGCGAAACCGACAGUAGUGGAGGAACCUGUGGUACCGCCACCAGCACCAGCACCAUUUGUUGUCACCUCAAUCACCAGCACCGUCGCUGCUCCUGCGAACAAGACCGACGUAGCUACACUCAAUGGCACGAGGGUCGUCAAGACCGAAGAGAUUCAGACGACUACCACCACCCUCACGCAUAAACAGGACGAUGGGCCGCCAGCAGCGUCAGAUAUUAGUCCCUGGUUGGUUGCUGAUCCAACUCAAGCGUCGACGGCAACUGCGAGUCCAGCCAAGCAUACCGUAAUCACUCGCAAGACAGUCAUUACGACUCAGUUGUAGGCGCAUUCUCGUUUACCUACUCCGUAGCAUAAAAUGUAAGGGAGGAAUUUGCGAAAUAGUAUUACUAUUUAUGUACGACAGAGUUGCUGAGAUUUUGUUUUUCAUCAUCGAAUGUUAGGCAUACCGAAAUUGCGGUUUUCGUUUGUCUUUUUUUUGCCAAGCAAUGAUUCCUUACUGGUGCUACCAUUAUGCUUUCCAACUGAAAUAUUAAUAUUAUCUUGUAGAGAAAUAAGCCUAAUCUCGAAACUGCAGCGAAAUUUAAAAAAGAAAAGAAAGCAUUUUUCGAGGCUCUGGUGGAUAGUGUGCCAUGUCUAUUGAAAGGCAGUUUCUUUUUCUUACGAUUACCAACGUAAAUAAAUUAUUUAUUAAGGUCUAGAAAACUGUGAUGUACUCACUGCUACGAUUUUCAAAGACGAACUUUUUAGUAUGCUUAUGAAUAAUUCCUCCUGCUCGACCAACUACUGAAUUUAUACAAAAUAAGACUGGACGUUUCUACAUUUUGAUAAAGAUUUAUUAGGCGAGAAAACUUAGCCUCAUUGACGAGUUUUCUUCGAAAAAAAGCUUUGCUUCUUUCAAUAUUGUCACAAGGAAACUAUAAAAUAUGUGCCUUAAAACCUUGUAAACUUGUACUUACGUUGGUGCAGCAAAGACUGUUCCCUAUUUUUUACCAAGUAAAAAAUUAUCACUUUUUAUUUAAGGUAGUGAAAUUAGUCCAAGUGUGAAGCGAGUCGAAUUGUAGUCAAGAAAUUUCAACUUCACUUUGUCGGAGAAGUUUUUACGAUAAACUUAGUUUCACGGUGAUGAAAUUUACCGACAAAAUUAUUUGAAAUAUAUGUAUAUAUAAACAUUCGAAAGUCUUCUUUGCCUUGUUUCUUGUUUUAUCAAAGUAUUAAAGAUAUUUCACACAAGUGUAUUUACUAUAUUUACUACGGUACUCGAAGACAGUAUGUUUUAUUGCUUGUUUUUGACCUAUACAUUCCAAUUUUGAUCUCUGCAGUCAAAUUUAACCAGCCCCGCUACUAUAUAAUGAUAAAAACACGACUCAUUUAUAGUCAUGCAUUGACUGAGUACUUACCUAUGAGAAAAAAUACGUCCAAUUAUAAUUUUAAUCACAGGAUUGCGUGAUUAGCACUAACUAUAUGUAUAUGAGAUGCAACCGCAAUAUUUGAAAUUUUUAUGUGCAUUGUUACAAAGUUUUAUUGUAUUAUGUAAAUUGCGGCCUUAUUAGAUAUAUAUAUAUAUAUAUAUUUUUAUCAUAGAUGUUGAGUAUAGAUUUGUGUAAACACAAAUUACCUUGCGUAUACCUUAUAUGUAACGCGAAAAUUAACUUUUGCUUUCUGUUCAUUGCUUUUACAAGUACUCCUAUAUUUCAAAUAAAUGAUUUUAUAACGUCUACCAGUCAAAAUAUCCAUAUAAGAAGAACAAUUUUUUUCUUUAAUUCCUGUAAUAUUUUCUUUGCAUUUCAAACUCCUGAUAGGAAUACUUAGAAUCAUGAAAAGUGCAAAUCAAUAUUGUCUGUUUGAUUGGUUAGCAUCUGACAAGAUUAGCUUAUUUCGACUGUUAAUAAAACUUUGACCAAUCGCAUCUUUGAAUUGUAUAUGUCUUUCACUUGUCGUAAUAA